AGCAGCUUUUAUUCGUGUUUAUUGCGGGUCGCUAUUUGUCCCGUUCCAUUACAGCUAAAUUAAUGACUUCAGGGAGUGUACCUUGGACUUGGUUAUAACUAGCUAGGGAUUAUUGCGUGGUUCUUUUGAUGUGCUGUGAUAAAAAUAAUAUUUACCUCGGACUCACUGAGAUUGAGAAGCGCCAGCCGUCAUGCCCCUCAGCCCUGGUGGUGUGACGAGUAAAAACUACGAUUAUGACUACGACUCCAUUGAGCCCUUCUUGUGUUUUGACAACGCGGAUGAGGACUUCUACCGGCAGCGCAGCCUGCUUCAGCCGCCAACUCCCGGCGAGGACAUUUGGAAGAAACUGGAGCGUCUGCGCACGCCCCCUCGCUCCCCGAGUUGCCGACACUCCUUUCGCGGCGCGUGCGUGUGCGCGUCGCCCACGGAGCGGCUCGAGACGGUCAGCGAGCUGCUGGGAGACGACGCGGUGAACCAGAGUUUCAUCUGCGACGCGGACUCCUCGCACUCUUUGCUCAGGUCCUCCGUUAUCCAGGACUGCAUGUGGAGCGGCUUCUCCGGGAGACUCGCACUGCUGCACAGAGGCAGGAAAGAGCGCUCGCGGGAGGUCCGCGCGCCAAGGUCGUGCCCCGCAGACCCGUGUGCGGCGUGCGCGCGCCGGCCGCUCGAGACCCCCCGCUGCGUGGCCACGGACACUCCGCCGAACAGCGCAGGCAGCGGCAGUGACUCAGGCACGUGGAGCUGCUUCGUUUUCAUUUACGUGCGUCUCAGAGAACAGUGCAGAAAGUACAGGAGGAGAUUUGGAUGCAGCCACGUGAUUCUAGUACAUGCAGAAGAUGAGGAUGAAGAAAAUGAUGAAAUUGAUGUGGUGACCGUGGAGAAGAGGCAGGUGGCGGCAUCUGAAUUAUCUGAAGUGGCCACACACCUUCGUCAAAGUGCUCCUAUACCGAAGAGAAGCAACGCUCCCAUUCACCAGCAUAAUUACGCAGCCCACCCAUCUUCAAGGUGCGAGCAGCGUGCGGCCAAGCGGCUAAAGCUGGAGAAGGACUGCAGUGGGCUCGGUCAAAUCAGCAGCAGCACAAAGUGUGUGAGUCCUCUGACCUCGGCCAUGGAGGACAGCGACAAAAGGAGGACUCAUAACGUGCUGGAGCGGCAGAGGAGGAAUGAGCUCAAGCUGAGCUUCUUCGCUCUGCGGGAUGAGAUCCCAGAGGUGGCCCACAAUGAGAAAGCCUCCAAGGUUUUGAUACUCAAAAAAGCAACAGAAUUUAUAUUCAGUAUGAAAUCGCAUGAAGAAAGACUAGUUUUGGUGAAAGAACAGCUGAAGAGAAAAGGCCAGCGUUUAAAAUACAGGCUGGAACAGCUGAAGAAGCAGAUAUAAAUUUGUGAUUUGUG